AACCUUUCUCCGUCUGGACGUUGCUAAUACAGAGGUAUAAAACGUGUAGAUCACGUCACAAAACCGCUGUGCGAUAUUGACGACCUGUCAUUUCGGAUUUUUUUUAUUUUAUUCAACUUUGAAUCAGCUAUGCGCCAUUUACUGCAAUAGAUUGAUAGUUGUCUGCAGAUAUUAGCACAUCUUUAAAUAAGACACGUUUAUAAGUAAGUACAAUAGCUGGGCGGUUCUGUUCCGGACGUAGCGACGUCUGCGCGAUAUUCUGCCACCCGCUUUCGCGUUUUUCAGUAUAAUUUUUACGUGCCGGCACGGAGGUUUUUCGAUUGUGUGCUGUAUGUGAAGAUGAAUAAUUCGGUGGUGCUUGUGUAGUGCUGUUUGGUGAACUCUUUCUCGAAGGCUGUCGAGGUGCGGUAAUAAAACGUCAUCGAGUGGCAGUGGUGCAGCUCGCAAUACGAGAGCCGCGAUAACAUCAAAACCAAUCCUGCAAUAAACUUUCCAAAAUCUUCCUCAAGACUGUUUACUUUAGAUUUUAAUUUUGCUUAGCUUAGAAAGUUGAAAGAAAAGAAAGGGAUGCCAACAAAGUGAGAGAGAAUCAAAAGACAGAAUAGCUAUUUAUUUGAUUAAUCAAUUAAUUAUUAUUGUAACCUGUUAUAAUUAUUUUUGUAGUUAUCUGCUGUAUCUAUAGUUGUAACGAAUGAAAUCAAUACAAUUAGAUAUUCUAUUUAUUCAGUUUUAACUAUGAUCACAAUGAAUAUUUAUGAAUUGUUAAUCUGACAAGCCGUUUGUCGUGAGUCAAAAUGGAGAAUGUUGCAUCGAACGUGUCUAUGAGGAACAGCAAGCAGAGAAAAGAGAAUUUGAUUACGAGGAAACAGGACAAGAGUCCCGAGAAGACAAUAAGGGGGACUAGGGGUGCUUACAGAGGGUUACCAUCGACAUCUAAACGCGAGGAGGAGGAGACGGGCUCCACGGAAAGACUGGACAGACCAAAGAAAUUCAUUUCGCAGAAGAAUUAUGGAUUGGGAAAGAGGCCCGACUUCUCGCUCAAGAACAGGAAUGUACACCUCGCUUCUUCGCGGUAUGGCCAGAUGACAUCCGGCCUCCACGGCCACAGUCACCAGAUCUCGCAGCCGACGCACCACCUGGACUCUGGCGUCCUCCCUCCCGCCAAGGAGAAGACCGUGCAUGGCAAGGAGAAGACCUUCAAGGUGGUGGUUGGCGGUGAGGUGGGGGUGAUGAAGGCCCCGGUGCUCGGCCCCCGGCCCUACAAUGCAUUGGCCAUCAUUCACACUCAGCAGAGCAACACCUUCGAGAUGCUCAACUCUCUCACUACAAGCGUGGCUAGCCAACCGGUAGUGGGCGUGGGCGUGGGCGGUUACCGUCGCCGCAGCUCGGGCGCCGGCGCGCUGUGCGACCCCGAGCUGGACGACAGCGGCAACAAGCUGGUGGCCCGGCUCGAGGACGACGCCUUCAUCUCCGAGCAGGAUCUGGAGGAGAACAUUGAGAUCGCUCAGGCCACAGAGAAGGGGCUGCAACCGGACGCCGACCCCACGGGGGAGGUCCAGCCGCAGGAACAACAGAACGGUCUCGUGUACAGUCCCAUGUACAAGUUGGACAAGCUGGAAAUGCAGAAGGACAAGGAGAAAGACGACAAAGAGGACGAGGAGGAGCCCAUCGGAGUGUCGCCUUGUGGGAGGUUCUUCAAGUACGACAAGGAGGUGGGGCGGGGCUCGUUCAAGACGGUGUACCACGGGCUGGACACGCAGACCGGCGUCGCCGUGGCCUGGUGUGAACUGCUGGAGAAAAAGCUGAACAAAACCGAACGUCUCCGUUUCCGCGAGGAAGCGGACAUGCUGAAGAAACUCCAGCACCCAAACAUCGUGAGGUUCUACAACUACUGGGAGGGCACCGUGGCGAAGAAGAAGAACAUUGUCCUCAUCACCGAGCUCAUGUUGUCCGGGACUCUUAAGGCCUACCUCCGUCGGUUCAAGCGGAUAAACCCGAAGGUGCUGAAGUCCUGGUGCCGGCAGAUCCUCAAGGGUCUCAACUUCCUGCAUUCGAGAACGCCGCCCAUCAUUCACAGGGACCUGAAAUGUGACAACAUCUUCAUCACUGGCACCACGGGCAGCGUCAAAAUUGGUGAUCUCGGGCUGGCCACGCUCAAGAACAGGAGCUUCGCCAAGUCCGUCAUUGGCACGCCGGAGUUCAUGGCGCCGGAGAUGUACGAGGAGCACUACGACGAGUCGGUGGACGUGUACGCGUUCGGCAUGUGCAUGCUGGAGAUGGCCACCGGCGAGUACCCCUACAGCGAGUGCAGCGGGCCCGCGCAGAUCUACAAGAAGGUGGUCUCGGGUGUAAAACCGCAGAGUUUGGAGAAGGUGACCAUUCCGGAGGUGCGUGACAUCAUCGAGUCUUGUAUCAGGCCGAACAAAGCGGACAGGCCGCAAGUGAAAGACCUCCUAAACCACGAAUUCUUCGGAGAAGACAUUGGCCUUCGACUGGAGAUUGUGGGUCGAGAUCUCGUCACCUCUUCGGACAUCACCAAGAUCAAGUUCCGGCUGAAGAUCAUUGACCCCAAGAAACGGUCUUACACCCACAAGGAGAACGAGGCUAUACAGUUCGAGUUCGACAUAGAGACCGACGACUGCGAGGAGGUGGCCAACGACAUGGCCAAGGUGGGGCUCAUCAUGGAGGAGGACGCGAGGAUCGUCACCAAGCUGCUGAAGUCGCAGCUCAUCAGCCUCAACCGGGAGCGCAGUGAGAAGAAAGCGCAGAUGCUGUUCAAUCAGGAGUUGAUCAACGAGCAGAAUCUGCAGAAGCAGCUGUUGCUUGAGCAGCAGUUGAGACAGGUGAAGAUGAUCCAAAACCAGCAGCAAGCGGUCCCCGUGGAUCAGGUCAAAACUGGUCUUCUGAACGGUGUUGGCAGCCAACCGGCGCUCGGCACAGUGCAGUUAGAACAACAAUCCCAGCUGCUCCAGGCCCAACAACAACUUUUGCAGCAGCAGCUCCAACUCAACAACGAGGAGUGCGCCAUGAGCCUCGUCAACAACCUGAUGCAGGCCAGGAUAUCUCCCGCCGACCGGCUGCUGUCCAGACAGGUGAUGAUGGAACAGAAUCUCCUCAACCAGCAGAUGCUAGAACAGACAGUCCAGGGCCAGCUCAUCGAGCAGCAAGCCCAGCAGAACCUUCUAGAAGCCAACCAGUCUCAAACGCAACUCCAGCCAACACUCUUACAGCAACAACAACUCUCCGCCGAACUCAGCAACCAGAAUCAAGCUUUACAACAACAAAUAAUACAGCAACAACAGAACAUUAUAGCCCAGCAAGCCGCCGCGAUACAACAGAAACAGUUCGAAGAACAAUUAACGCAGGAAAACAUGAUUAACGCACCACAGAAUCUCGCCACAGGACAAAUAUUAGACCCUUCGUUGCAGAAUUUACAAAAUAUUUUAGCGCAGAUAAUACAAAGGCCCGAUACAUUGCAGUCUAGGAAAGAAUCUGAGUCUGAAACGCAAGCGCAACAAUUACAGAAUCAACAACAAAUCUUGCAGCAGACUGAGUUGGAGCAACAACAGACUCAACAAGAACAAGAUAUCCAGCAAAUGCAGAAUCUAAUUGGUGCUCAAAUUCAACAGCAAAACAUGAACUUCCAACAGAACCAACAGUACAUGCAACCGAUUUUAACGGAUCCGAUGUUAGCGGCGAAGCAACAACAAGUUGCUCAAGCGCAGCAACAGUUGUCGCAGGCGCAGCAACAACUCAACAUGCAGAAGCAAAUGUUGGCACAGCAUCAGAUAGCUUUACAACAACAGAUAUUGUCGCAACAACAGAUACACAUGCCAGGGCAGACAUUGUCGCCGCAACAUUUGAGAAAUUUGCAACAACAACAGUAUUUGGCGCAGCAGGAAUUGCAUUUACAACAACAGCAGAAUUUGAUUGAGAGGCAGAAUUUGGCGUUGUUGGCACAGAAACAGCAGUUGAUGGGCCAACAACAAAGGGAAGUUGAGGAGAUAUUGCGUUCUCAGAGGCCAAUGUACACGAGACAAGGGUCCGAGCAAAGUCAGAUAAGCUCGGCUGAUGUCCACGAUCAGCAACAGACAAUAGUUCCUGAGCAAUAUCAGCAAAAACCUCCAUUACAGCCUCAAAUGUCCAUAGACCAAAUUCAGUUCCAGAAUCAAUACGCCGAAUUACAAAAUCAAAUGCAGAAACAGUCGGAAGAUUUGAGUUUUCAACAUAUGCGUCAUAUGCAGGGUCAAUCAUUGCCUCACAACAUGUUGGCUCAGAACUUCGGCGUGGUACAGAAGGAGAUGCAGAUAUCUAGUCAUGAAGGCACCCCGGUGCAGAAUUACGCUGCGAACCCGCUCCAGAUGUACCAGCCGGCACAGAGCCAGCCAAUGCAGUCCAUGAUGCAGAACAUGCAGUCUAUGCAGUCUUCAGUUCCUCAAAAUAUACCUCAUAGCAUACAAGAAUCAGUACAACUAAGUGCGGCGCAAACGUUGCCGAAUAAUUUGACGUCUGUCCCGCAAGCUAUAUCGGUCCCACAACCGGUUCCGUCUAUCCCACAGUCGGUACAGUCUGUCCCACAACCCGUACAAUCUGUCCCACAACCGGUACAAUCGGUCCCACAAUCAACUAUUCCACAAUCGAUGCCACAGUCGAUGCCUUCGGUUCCGCAAACUUUAUCUUCUGUCCCUCAACCUAUACAAACCGUCCCACAGGCUGUACAAUCUGUCCCACAGCAUAUUCAGUCGCUCCCACAGGCCACGACGACAAUACUUCAACAGUCUGUCCCACAGCCGAUACAGUCGGUCGCACAGCCUAACCAAACUGUCCCACAGCCCGUAUCCACUGUCCCACAAACACAGCCACAAGAGACCGCGCCACAGCAGUUGAAUUUAACAGCUGAACCUCAAGACAACGGGUACUCACACAGCAAUGGUCAAAAAGAGCAGUUUUUAACUCCAAUGAGCGAGUUUCCGUCCGGCGCCACACACACAGAGACCGCACGCCCGCCCGAACUCAGCUCUGUGGAGGAGAAGCAGGCCGACCAUGAAGCCGCCACCGCGAUACCAUCACCAAUAACGAGCGACAAGAAAUCUCGAGGAUCCAAAAAAAGGUCUAGAGAGAAAGACAAACUACCAAAACUGACCGUUUUGGAGGUCAACGAGGCCGCUGUGGAGUGCCAACUGGAGUCAAAGUCCAAAACUGUGACCUUCAAGUUUGACAUCACCGAUGUCAACCCUGAAGAGAUCGCCAGCAAUUUGGUAUCGAACAACCUGCUCCCGGAGUGGCAGAGCGCCACGUUCAUGGAGCUGAUCCGGGACAUCGUGUCGCAGCUGGUGGCCAACCCCGGCGCGCCGCCCGUGCUCAACCCCCACCAUCACUCCCUGAGGCUCAACAUUGACAAGACUGAUUACGACUCCGAAACGACCGAGCGCGAGGAGAAUCUGACGGAUUCGAACCAGGACAACUCCGAGUGCACCACGCCCACCGCCAGCCACGACAACAUCGCGUGCGAGCUGGCGUUGGAACCGGAACCGGAACCCAUCGCCGAGGCGCCCAGGACCGUAGUGGACGUGGUGGCGAGGAAGAUCAGCACCGCUUCCUCGUGUGGUUCAGCUCAGUCCGACACGUCGGGCGUCGCCCCGGAACGGUCCGGCAGCACGGAGUCCCAGAACGGGGAGAAGAAGCCGCACAAGCCCAGCAGGAAGAUCUCCCGCUUUCUAGUCAGCCCCGUAGUGGACAGGGGGGAGGAGGUCCCCGAAGAGAGACCGCACGAAGUCAACGGUCUACCGGAGAAGCAGGACUCGGUUCCACAGCAGUACUCGGAGCACAUAAAGGAGGAGCAGACGAACCCCGCCGCUAUACCCACCAGCGUACAGUCGAUAAUGCCCCAGCAGGCGCAGAAUGUGAACGCGAACGUGCUCAAUGUCGGGCUACAGCCUAGUUUGACAACGCCGCUGCAGAUUGCUACUGACACGCCCAUUUUAGGCAUAAGUCAAGUGUCUACUCCCAUGGGCGCGGGCGGCGAGCUGGGCGCGGCGCCGGCGCAGCCCCCGGCCGGCGCGCACCACGCCGAGAACAUCCAGAGGAUGCUGCUCAAGCAGAAUAUUAUGAAUCAACAGCAGAAUCUGUCAGGCCCGAACCUGCUGGGGCUGCUCAACCAGCCGCCGCUGCAGCCCGAGCUGGCGCUGCACGGCGCCAUGCUCAACAACGCGCAGCCCGCGGCGAUGCUGGGCCGGCAGUACCCUCCCAUGAAGUACUACCAACCGAUGAGGACCCCCGCAGAAUUGAUAGGCCAACAACCAGGUCUUCAAACGUCAAUGAACCAAUACGCGACCCAACCUCUGGGCCAGCCGUUCGGUCUGGGUCUGGGUCUGCCGCCGCUGACGCUGCAGCACCAGAACAUGAUGGGGCAGAACCUCGCGCUCAACCAGAACCUCAUGCAGCCUGGGCUGGCGCAGAAUUUAGGUUUAGCUGGUCAGAAUCUAGGAUUAGGGAGUCAGAAUCUCAUUGCCGGCCAGAACUUGGGUUUGGGCGGGCAGAACCUGACGCUGGGCGGGCAGAACCUCGGGCUGAUGGGGCAGAACCUCGGCCAGUUUGUGGCGCACAGAGCUGUUCAUCAGGCCUUGGCCAGGAGGGCGGUUGAUAUGGAAAUGGCCGGCAUGGCGAGCGUGAACUCGACGGGGUCGUCGCAGCCCAGCACGCCCAACAAGCCGCCGUGCUACGAGUACAUGCUGUCUCUGCAGCACAAGCUCGCCAACAUCUCCAACAGCGGCCCGGUGUCCCCCGCGUCCCCGCUCGACUACAGCCCCGCGCUGUCGCCCACGCACCGCGUGCACCAGACGGAGAGCCUGGCGGGGGGCCUGGAGUUGGAGGCCGGGACCCCCGCCGCCCGGCACGCGGCGCAGCUGGCGGACCUGGACCACGAGCUCAGCAAGAUCAGCCUCCACUACAAGCAGCAGCACAAGGACGUGUUCAUAGAACACGGACAAGAGGAGCAUGAGAUGUUAGCGGCUAAUAUCGAAGACGGCGCUGCCAAUACUUACGACGAGGCGGGCGCCGGGCCGUGGGAGUGGCGCGGCGCGGGCUUCCGCGUGUGCCGCGCGCAGCCCUGCCGCCCCUACCAGCUGUGCCGCCUGCUGCCCGGCAAAGACAAGCUAGACGCGUCCGUAACUGGCCGGACAUUGGACGACACGUCCCUGGACAACCACUCGUCGUGGUCGGAGCCCGGCGCGGAGGAAGUCGCGGACACGUUCGUGAUCACAGCCGCGCGCGCCGCCACCUACACCGUCAGCGACGUGCUGCACGACCGACACGCCACCAUCAUAGAGCCGGGCAGGCAGAGUUCCCCCAGCAAGCCGCCCCCGCCAGCGGGCGAGGCCUGCGGCAGCUACCUGGUGCUGUCGGCGGGGCUCAGCUGCACCGUGGUGGACUCCUCGCUGUCACUGCUCCAGGACCCCCAGUUCGCGCCCUUCACGGACACACACUGCUGCUCGCCGGAAACUUGUAGCGAGGGUGCGGAGCGGGUCCCGCUGUCAGCCGAGUGGUCGCGCUGGGCGGCGGCGGCGGGCGCGGCGGGGGGAGCGGGGGGCGCGGGGGCGGUGGGGGGAGUGGCGGGGGCGGGGGCGGCGCGCGCGCAGCUGCGGGCUGACCGGCUGCUGGCCGACGCUGUGGUGGAGGACACGCUCACUGACAGAGCGCUGUGCCGGCAGGUGGUGCUGUUAUCACUGAGCACUCAGUUAUGACAUGUGUAGCGAUUCACACUGUACCUUAUAUUUAUUGUAUGUAACAUAUACUAUAUCAUAACUCGUAAAUAAAAUAUUCAUAUGUGAUAUCUAGAA